UGAGCGUGAGAGACAGAGGGUGCUGCUGAGAAUAAACGGAGGACGUGGGGUAGGGGGGAGGAGAGAGUCUUGUCAGUCCGUCGCAUCCUCUGCAUACAUAGCUGUAUGUCUGCUGGCACUCACAGCUCAUACCAUCACGGGCAGGUGGAUACCCCCCUUCCGGAGGACACCUAGGCACACUUCUACCAUCCCGAUCGGGGCUGCCAUUAGAGAUCCUCGCACAGCUGGGCAGACAUGAAGCCGUGUGAAGGAGCUGGCAGGCAGCACACAGUGGCCGGAGAUGAGCGCAGACUCCAUGAUGUAUUACAGGCUGAGAAGGAGACGGCAGGAGACCGGCUACAGGAGCACUGCUGCCAGGGACAGGCUGCCGAUGAGGACCAAUGGAGGGAGUGCAUGGACACCGCUGUGCAGCUAGCCCUGAGAGCCGGCCAGGUGGUGAGAAAGGCUCUAACAGAAGAAAAGAGGGUCUCUACAAAAACCUCUGUGGUGGAUCUUGUAACCGAGACAGACCAACUUGUGGAAGAGCUCCUCAUCUCUGCUCUGAGGGAGAAGUAUCCCACUCACAGGUUUAUUGGUGAAGAAUCUACCUCGGCAGGUUCCAAGUGCAUCCUAACCAACAGUCCAACAUGGAUUAUUGACCCUAUUGAUGGAACCUGCAAUUUUGUACACAGGUUUCCUCCAGUGGCGGUCAGCAUUGGAUUUGCUGUCAAUCGAGAGCUUGAGUUUGGAGUAAUAUACCAUUGCACUGAGGAAAAAAUGUACACUGGAAGAAAAGGGCGAGGGGCAUUUUGUAAUCAAGAACGACUUCAUGUGACAAAGGAGAAAGGUAUUCGAAAUGCUUUUAUUUUAACUGAAAUCGGGCCUAAACGGGAUCCAGCUACAUUAAAAUUGUUCUUGGGGAACAUGGAGAAAUUUCUAAAGUCCCAAGCUCAUGGGAUCCGAAUCAUUGGAAGUGCCACGCUGGCCCUGUGUUAUCUAGCAGCGGGGGCUGCAGAUGGCUACUAUCAGUUUGGACUUCAUUGCUGGGACUUGGCAGCGGCUACUGUAAUCAUAAGGGAAGCUGGAGGAGUUGUGAUAGAUACCUCUGGCGGACCGUUGGACCUCAUGUCUUGCCGUGUUGUGGCAGCUGGUACCAUGGAACUUGCGCAGAGCAUUGCUCAGGAGUUACAGACUAUUAACUAUGGAAGAGAUGAUGAUUGAAUAUGUCUAUUUGUGUUGAAUUAUCCCAGAUUAUUCCUGCAGAAUCUUACACCCAAGUGUUAUUGUGGACCUAAAAAUGGCUUGCUUUGAUCUUUGAGUGUUCAGAGGCUAAUUAAUAGCAUGCCAUUUUCUAAAUAAAAUCUGUCUUUAUUAUUUUUUAUUAUUUUUAUUUUGGAGGGGAAGUUUUUAAUUGGUGGUAGUUGUACUAUCCCUGUUUUAUGAAAGGAGAACUACACCAAAUGUCAUUCAGUGAAA